AGUCCAAAACUUUGUUUUCUGAUAAUUACUUUAUAUUCCAACACACACUCACUCAUUUCUCUCCACCAUCUUCUCUCACUCUCUCAUUUCCCCUCUUUCUCUCUCUACUGUUGAGAGGAGUACAUCUUAUUAAAUAUGUCCGAAUUGGAGGUUCCCUUCCGCCCUAAGAGGAAGAAGACUUUGGUGGACUUCUUUGUCCAGUUCCGAUGGAUUGUUGUUAUAUUUGUUGUCCUUCCAAUCUCUGCCACAAUCUAUUUUCUUCUAUAUCUCGGCGAUGUUAGAUCCGAGUGGAAAUCCUACAAAACACGCCAAAAAGAACAUGAUGAAAAUGUCAAGAAAGUUGUUAAACGUCUCAAACAGAGAAACGCAGCCAAGGAUGGUCUGGUUUGUACAGCCAGGAAGCCAUAUAUUGCUGUGGGAAUGAGAAAUGUGGAUUACAAAAGGGCUCGCCACUUUGAGGUUGAUCUUUCAGCUUUUAGGAACAUUAUUGAUAUUGACACAGAGAAUAUGAUAGCCAAAGUUGAGCCUCUGGUCAAUAUGGGGCAGAUUUCAAGAGCAACUGUACCAUUGAAUGUUUCUCUGGCAGUAGUUGCUGAGUUGGAUGAUCUAACUGUUGGUGGCCUUAUUAAUGGCUAUGGGAUCGAAGGAAGCUCCCAUAUUUAUGGCCUAUUUGCUGACACAGUCGUGGCUUAUGAGUUAGUUCUGGCUGAUGGACGGGUUGUCAGAGCCACCAAGGACAAUGAGUUUUCCGAGCUUUUUUACGCUAUUCCAUGGUCUCAGGGUACUCUAGCAUUGCUUGUUUCUGCUGAAAUUAAGCUUAUUCCAAUAAAGGAGUACAUGAGGCUGACAUACACUCCUGUGAAAGGUAGUUUGAAAGAUCUUGCCCAGGGUUAUAUUGAUUCUUUUGCACCAAAAGAUGGAGAUCAAGACAAUCCCGAAAAGGUCCCUGAUUUUGUGGAAGGCAUGAUUUACAAUCCUUCUGAAGGUGUGAUGAUGACAGGUAGAUAUGCUUCCAAAGAAGAGGCCAAGAAGAAGGGAAAUGUGAUCAAUAGCUGUGGAUGGUGGUUUAAACCCUGGUUCUAUCAGCAUGCUCAGACAGCCCUUGAACGAGGGGAGUUUGUGGAGUACAUUCCUACCAGGGAAUAUUAUCACCGACAUACAAGAUCUCUGUACUGGGAAGGAAAGCUUAUCAUUCCAUUUGGUGAUCAAGCGUGGUUCAGAUUCCUUCUUGGAUGGUUGAUGCCACCAAAGGUUUCCCUUCUUAAAGCUACUCAAGGUGAAGCCAUCAGAAACUAUUACCAUGAGAACCAUGUGAUUCAGGACAUGCUUGUUCCUCUAUACAAGGUUGGAGAUGCUCUUGAAUGGGUCCAUCGUGAAAUGGAGGUUUACCCUCUUUGGCUCUGCCCACAUCGUCUGUUUAGGCUGCCCGUCAAAACCAUGAUAUAUCCUGAACCAGGCUUCGAGCAGCACAAGAGACAGGGUGACACUUCAUAUGCUCAGAUGUUCACUGAUGUUGGUGUCUACUAUGCACCAGGACCUAUUCUGCGUGGUGAGGUGUUCGAUGGUGCUGAGGCUGUCCGAAAGCUGGAGAAGUGGUUGAUUGAAAACCAUGGAUUCCAGCCACAAUACGCUGUCUCUGAGCUAAAUGAGAAGGACUUCUGGAGGAUGUUUGAUGCCUCACUUUAUGAGAAGGCAAGGAGGAAAUAUGGAGCAGUUGGAACCUUCAUGAGUGUAUACUACAAAUCCAAGAAGGGACGUAAGAGCGAGAAGGAGGUGGCUGAGGCCGAGAAAGAGCAAGCUGAAGUUGAGACACCCGACGCUGAGGUUGAAUAGUUGUAUUAUUUGGCACUAGCUGAAAUUUAUUCUGAGACACUUCGUAGUUGGAUUUGUUGCUUAACUUUUCAGAUGGGCAGAAACACUUGCUUUUCUCCCCCCUUGUUUAAUUUUUGUAGCUUGCAUGAUUUGGCUGUAUUGACUCUAUUGUGCUGCUAACUGGCUAGAUUUGUGUUUGAAUCAUACUUUCGACUGUUGGAAAAGAGUAUACACAGCCACAGAUGUUUGAUUGUCC